GCGUAGCCGCGACCUGUGCGUGAUGACGUCACGACAGGGCGACGUCGCUAUAAGACCACGAUCCGGCGACGGCGUGUCUCUUUGUCACGGGCGUGAGUUCGUAGGCGCAGCGGGCCUGGAGGAGCCAACAUGCCGGUUGCCAGAAGUUGGGUUUGUCGCAAAACCUAUGUGACCCCACGGAGACCCUUCGAGAAAUCUCGUCUCGACCAGGAACUGAAGUUGAUCGGAGAAUAUGGGCUCCGGAACAAACGUGAGGUGUGGAGGGUCAAGUUUACACUGGCCAAGAUCCGCAAGGCUGCCCGGGAGCUGCUGACGCUCGACGAAAAGGACCCAAGGCGUCUUUUUGAAGGCAAUGCUCUACUGAGACGACUUGUACGAAUUGGGGUGUUGGAUGAGGGCAAGAUGAAGCUGGAUUACAUCCUGGGCCUAAAGAUUGAGGAUUUCUUGGAGAGGCGGCUGCAAACCCAGGUCUUUAAGCUGGGCCUGGCCAAAUCUAUUCACCAUGCCCGUGUACUUAUCCGCCAGCGUCAUAUAAGGGUCCGCAAGCAGGUGGUGAACAUCCCAUCCUUCAUUGUCCGACUGGACUCGCAGAAGCACAUUGACUUCUCCCUCCGUUCUCCUUAUGGUGGGGGCCGCCCAGGCCGAGUGAAGAGGAAGAAUGCCAAGAAAGGCCAGGGCGGUGCUGGCGCUGGUGACGACGAGGAAGAGGAUUAAAUUCAAACCUUCCUGCACUGGAGGACUGUCUAGCUUUC